AUGGAGGAUUCUAAACAACCGGAAUUUAAAGAAGAAACUGAAUCUCUUGAUUUCAAAGAAUCUCCAGGUGUUUCUAUCACCACGACUCAUUCUACUUCGUCAGCCUCUGGAUUUGAUAUUAAUGAGGAAGAUGCUGAUGUUGCAUUGAGAUUUCUCAAGGAAAACAAAGAUGCUGUUGACGUGGAAGCCGCUAACAAAGUCACCGAUAUUUCAAACACAGCAAUCUUACAUGGUACUCAACAAUUGGAUCCAAAAGUGUUGAGGAAAUUAGAUCGUAUUGUCUUACCUUUCUUAUGUGCCAUUUAUCUCUUUAUGUUCCUAGAUAAGGCUUUAUUGAAUUAUGCUGCGGCUAUGGUAUUAAAAAAUUUAAAAGGUAAUGAAUUCUCCAAUUUGGGUACUAUUUUCUCAGCUGCUUAUAUAUUUAUGGAACCUAUUGUUACAUAUUUGAUUCAAAAAUAUCCAUUGUCUAAAGUUUUAGGUAUUUUCAUUUGUUUGUGGGGAGCAGUAUUGGCAUGCCACUCAGCAUGUAAGACUUAUGCAUCCUUGAUGGUGGUACGUACUCUAUUAGGUAUGUUUGAAUCCUCAAGCGCUGUUGGUUGUAUUGCUAUCAGUGGUAUGUAUUACACUAAAUCAGAACAAAGUGCUAGAAUUGGGUAUUGGGCUAUUCAAGCGGGAACUGGUUAUGUUAUUGGAGGUUUAAUCUCUUUUGGGUUUUUACAUUAUCAUGGUACUGAAUUUACUUCAUGGCAAAUUAUGUUUUUAAUCGUGGGUCUUGUCACAGUCUUAUUUGGUAUUAUUGUUUUCUUUUUCUUACCUGAUAAUGUGACUAAUGCUUGGUUUUUAUCUGAUGAUGAGAAGGUUCAAGUCUUGGAACAUAUCAGAAAUAAUCAAACUGGUGUAGAAAAUAAAAAAUUCAAAAAAGAGCAUGUUAUAGAAUUGUUCUUGAAAGAUAAACUAACUUGGCCUAUGUUAUUAUUAGCUAUUUGUUCUCAAAUCAGUACUGGUUCUAUUGGGAAUUUUUCAACAACAAUUACAGCCACAUUUGGUUUUGAUUCUUAUGAAACCGCUUUAUUACAAUUACCUAUUGGUGCUAUCACUGCCAUAAUCAUCUUUAUUACCACUCAAAUGUUAGCAAAAUGGGGUCAAAUUACUUUGAUUUCCAUCUCAAUGUACAUUCCAUCUAUCAUUGGUUGUAUUGUCAUGUUAUCUAUGUCUUUAGAUCAUAAGAUAGCUAAUUUAUUCUCCUUAUACCUUCUAUAUAGUGGUUCAUGUGUCAUUACAAACCUUUACAUUUGGAAUAGUUGGAAUACCUCUGGUUAUUGUAAAAGAAUAUUCCGUAAUGCAAGUACUUUGGUUAUGACCCAAUUGGCUAAUAUUAUCGCUCCUCAAAUGUUUAGAGUUAAUACUGCACCAAGAUAUGUCCCAGCAAAGAUUGCUCUUCUGGUCACUCAGGCUGUUUGUAUCCCAUUACAACUUUAUAUCGGUUGGAUUAGUAAAAAGAAACGAAAAAGGGAUAGAGAAAUGGGACAAAUUGAAAAUACUGAAGAAAAUUCAAAAGUUGUUCAAACUUAUGAAUUCUUGGAUUUGACCGAUAUUCAAAAUAGAAACUUUAGAUACAUAUAUUGA